ACGAAGAAGAAGCGAGCUGCUUUCGUGAUAUAACAGUUCUCUCUAAUAUAUAGUCUCUCCCCGUGACAUUUUUAGGAACUUUUGACCACAACUGACUUCUCGUAACGCGAAGUCCACCUCUGCGGAACAAUGUCGAACCGCCUGGCAUUUCAGACCCAGCUGGCCUCCAUUAUGGAGGUGCUCGCUAACGCGGCGGUGGCGGAGAUUUGCAAACUGGUGGACGACGACUACGCGGUGGUCAGUUUGCAAAUGUCACAGUGUCAGAGGGAAAACAAGGCUUUAAAGAGAAAGUUACAUCUUCUGGAGCUGAAGAUGGCACGGGGCAACGCAGAGCGGAGGCUCCGGGAGAGCUUGAACGGCGGUCGGGCUCGGGUGCAGCUGAACUGCAACGACAGGCACCGACUGACCUCACCGUCUCCUGCGGGAAGGGAGUUGCAUAUGAAUGUGGUUUUGUGGCCUGAAAGAACACCUGGAGACAUCAGCAACUUGAUGUCCAGUGAGUCCCAGGAAAAGUCUUCCGAUGUGGAACUGGUGGAGCCGGGGCAGCUGCUGUUGAAGGAAGAGAACGCCGAAAAGAACGUGAAACAAGAGGUGACACUUAUUGGAGACGAUGGAGUGGUAGAAGUAAGUUCUCAUGAGACGUCUGGACAGAGAGGGAAUCAGAGUGUCAGGUCCAACGGCAGAAUCAACAAAGAGGAGCAGAGUGUGAUUCCAGAUCUGAUGCUUGUCAAAGUAGAGCAUGAGGAAGCAGCUAUCGCAAGCCAGAGCAUACAAGAGGCAGGACUGGUGGAGUCCAGCACAGAUGACCACCGGGGAGAUUUGCAGUUGAAUGGAACCACUCAGUCUUCUGUCCAUCAGUUGCUGGAUGUGUCUCGCCACAACUUUGCAGAGGUCAGCUUUGGUCGUGCUUCACUGUGGAAUGAUGGGGGCGCCGCAUACAGUCAGGAAAACAUCUUCGCAAGUCAGCCGUCGCACUCAUCCGAUCCAGUGAUCGAACCUGGACAUGCCACUGAGGAGUCGAGAAGCUCCCGCCACUCCACAGCUAUUGUGUUGCCUCCGGUUAUCGAUUUGUGCGAUGAGUCCAACCCUGGACAGGUGCCAGAAAAAAACAACCAAAGCCCUGCUUCCUGUCAUGGACAGGGCCAAAAUAAUCUUCCUGAGAGUUUUAUUGACACACAGCAAGUCGUCCACCCAAAACGGGGUUGUGCGUGCCGCUUCUGCGGCAAAGCUUUCAGAUCACCGGCCAACUUGGAAUCCCACCUCAGGACUCACACUGGCGAGAGACCCUAUGGCUGUAAUAUAUGUGGCAAGAAGUUCUCCCAGUUCUGGAACCUGAAGAUCCACCGAAACACCCACACCGGGGAGAGGCCGUACUCAUGCCGACUGUGCCCAGGGAGGUUUUCUGAUCCCAGCAACCUUAAAAAGCAUGUAAAAAGGCACCACCCACAGGUGUAGCCUCACAGAAAACUGCAGCAAGGACUGCUUACCAGAGUCUUCCUAAUGUGAGGAACAUGAAUUGUUUGUGUGGACGCCAAGUCCACAUAGCUGUUUCUCUUCACACGUGUAUUGGAGACGACUAAUCUAAAUUGGAACAGAUUUUUGGUAGUGUUGUUUUUGAAUCGCUGAACAUCUGCUUUGAAAUGGGGGGGUGGAAAGCAGAAUUGCUAAGCAGGUUCGAAAAGCAAUAGGGAAUGAGAACAUACAGGUGACACAUCACAUUUCCGUAUUAAAUAACAUUUCUUUGGUGAGUCCUUGUAGUCUGUACAGCUGUACUGGUUAAAAAAUGUGGCAUGGUUAAUCCAUGCCAAACUGUUGCAAUGAAGUCCUAUGUUCAACUUCAAUUAAAGUCCUGCUGUGGAACAUAAU